CGCGCUAAUGAUAGCUGGCGACUGAUCAUCAUACACACAGGUAUCUUUCUGGUUUACAACAAAGACGCAGUGAGAGACAGAGAGAGCGCGCCAACUCACGGUGAGCUGUCACGUGGAUGAAACGUCGCGGCCAAGUCAAACAAGUCUACCCAAACAUUACUAGAUCAUCGGUGAUCAAUUUGUGCGUAUAAAUACCGGAACGUUACAUAGGAAUAAGCCAGUGCACUGAGUUUGUUUGAAUGAGGAUGACUUCGUGACGACGGUUGAACGGUUGAAAACCUCCCUGCAAUCUCCCCCAUAGACCCCGGGAUUAACUUUACUGACGGGAAAGGAUGGAAUUGAAACUCUCCGUUCGAAUACCAUCGAGACAAGAAGUGUGCCGAAUGUUGGCGCUUUUUAUCAUGAUGUCCGUCGUGCAACGUGUGCAACCAAACGACGUUGUGCAGGAGAAUUUGAAGCUAUACCAGCUGGACCCCGUUGCGAAAGGCCACGUGCGUCUCUUUGAGGCCGAUCCGGGUAGGAUUUUGCGAGUGGAGACGAAGGCUCUACAGCCGCCGGUGUUCGAAAUUCCAGAUUUCCUGACGCCGGAGGAGUGCGAGUAUAUAGUAGGCCGAGCACUGAAUGAAGGUUUAUACCCUAGUGGAGUUAACGAUGAGGCUUAUUACAACUCGUUGGCUAACAGUGAGGAUACAGACGAGGAUGAUGUAGACACUACAGAGGAAGACUCUCCGACUGAUGAGGAGACUACGAGUGGAGUGUUUAAUGAGCUGGAUGUCAACAAUGAUAUGGUUCUUGAUGCUGAAGAAGUCCUAGCCGUCCUCAACACAGAAAACACCUUCUUGAGACCCAAGGAUGUCCUGCAGAUGUACUCUGACCUCAAUCUGGACCCUGACUCGGAUGGAUGGCUGACCCUGGAUGAGUUCAUGAUCCUGGUCAGCAAUGACAGACUAAUGGACGUAGAGAAUUGGGUUUGGAAACGGACCGGACAUCAGGAGAAUCGGAUACGGGAGAGCAAACAAGCCUGGCUGGGCCAGCCCGGACCUGCUAAAGACCCUAUCUUGGCUAACCUACAGAAAAGGGUUGUGUCGUUAACGAAGCUGCCUGAGACGAUAGUUCAGUGGAGUGAGCAGCUUCAGGUCGUACGGUACGAGACUGGGGGUCAUUUCCACGCUCAUUACGAUUCCAAUGAGCUAGACAGUGAUAUGGAAUGCAUGAGGAACGGACAGACCGGAAGGUUCUGCAGGUUUAUGACUAUCCUAUACUACCUUGACGACACUCUACGUGGAGGGGAAACAGCGUUUCCUAUUGCAGACAACGGGACGUACUCGGAGAAAGCAACGAAGACAGAGAUCUACGACUUGAGCCAGCACUGCCACGAUGCCAAUUUAUUUAUCAAACCAGAGAAAGGAAAAGCUGUCAUGUGGUACAAUCAUUACAUCAACCAAACAACAGGCUGGAUGGGUGACCUAAACCAUUACUCUCUACACGGCGGCUGUGAGGUCCUGGAAGGAACUAAAUGGAUCGCAAACAAUUGGAUUUGGGUGGAUGACUCUUACGAUAAACACGUAGAGCACCUUGAGAGCGUCCAGAAGGCCCUUGAAGACGACGACGAUGACGGGCGAGGGACUGAGGAGACGAAAGCCUCGUUAGACCUUGCCGUACCUCAGGAGGUACACGCCGUGACGGAUUUGCAAAAGGAACUCGAUGAACUUGAAAGAGUGAAUGUGCACGGCAGAAGACAUCACACAAAUGGAGAGUUGUGAUUUGUAAUUGAAUUGUGCUAUUAACAAGUUAAAGAGCCUGUAUCUUAUGAGUCAGCUUUGGUGGUGGAGGAGAAUACGGGAAUAUUUAUCAUUCAUUCUGCAGCGUUCUUGGUGACACUACGGAGUAGACAUUGAAUCACACACUGUGAGACUUUGGAACGCUAGGUGGCAGCACACUUAGCAGAUAAAUUUGCAUCGUUUAUAUUUCUGGGCAAAAGCAGUUUUCCUUAAUAAAGGGCACCUCAAUGAUGGAUAUGAAAAUUUGUGUUUGAACAUUUCAAGGGACACCAAGGCAAUGACUCCGGGGGCACAGGGGCAUUUGCUCCCAAUACGUAUCAGGCCUGAUUUUGGCAAUUCCAAAUUUGAAAUGUGGAGUCAAAUGGUGACACACUGGCCUAUUUAUGGAUACUUGCAUAAAUUUGUGCAAUGAUAAAAAUCAAGCUAUCCGUUAAAGGCAGUGGACACUAUUGGUAAUUACUCAAAAUAAUUAUUAGCAUAAAACCUUACUUGGUAACGAGUAAU